UUGAAAAUACUAUAUUGUGUUUCCGUUACAUUUACAUUACAUAUUCUGAUUUCAGAAAAAUUUCAUCUAAAGUGCCUCUAACUCAAAGGGUGUGCCAUCAUCUCAAGCCUUCUUCACUAGACACCACCGGCACCGGAGAAUACAUGAACUAGAAACUCAAAAUUUUCAACUUAAAGAGGACUUGAAGAAGGUUCAGGACCAACUGAAUGUGUCCGAUUCAUGCAAGAAACUAUCUCAGCAAGAAGCCAAGGCUCAACUUGAAUUGAUAGCUAAUUAUGAAAAAGCACAUUCCCGAAUAGAAGAAUCAUCAGACGAAGAAUUACAAAACUUGAAGCACAAGUUAUUAGAAUCACUUUCUCUAGUGAACAACAUGAAAAAUCAGCUUGAAGAUCGCAAAGAGUCGGUUCAAGCUCAACCUUUAGUGAAUGAGACUUUGCGACAACUCGAGGCAGCAAAAAGAGCUGUAGAGUUGUUAAGAGCCAAUGCUGCAAAAUCUGUGCAUGUAAGCAAGCACGAGUCAAGCCUUGGACAUGACGGAAAUUUGGAAAUGGAAUCUAAAAGAUUGGAAAAGAGCGAUAGUACUAAUAACAUUGAAAUCGAGGUUUGGUCUUUGAGGUCUGAGGUUGAACUACUGAGGUCUGCUAUUGAGAUUGCCGAGACUAAAUUCCAGGAAGAACAGAUUCAGAACACGGUGAAGAUUAGGAGCGCCUACGAGUUUAUCGAACAGAUAAAGUUAGAAUUGAGUCAAAGAGAAUCUGAAUUGGAAAGAAAGAAAGCUGAAGUUAAGAAAUUGAAGGAGAAAUUGAUGGAUAAGGAAAAUGAGUUGCAAGGUGUUUUGGAUGAGAAUGAGAGAUUGAAUUUUACGCUUCAAAAGAUCACGUCGUUGUCAUCAAAAAAAGAACAAGAACUUCAGAAGGAACUUAACAUGUUAGCAGAAUGUGUCGCGGCAUUGAAGGGUGAAAUGAUGGAUAAGGAAACAACAUUGCAAAGCAUAUCAGAAGAAAACGAAAUACUAAAGAUGGAAAUCAACAAGAGGUUCACAUUCACACAUGUUGGCGUAGCGAGGGAGGAUGUUGCGGUCGAAAUAGGCGCAGCUAAGGCUGCAGAACGCGAUGCUUUUGCAAAACUUAAGAUAAUGAUGGAGGAGGCAGAAAGGAGUAAUCGUAAGGCGAUGAUGGUAGCUGAGAUGCUUGAAGCAGCACAAGCUGCCAAUACUGAAAAAGAAACUGAAUUGAAGAGAAUCAAAGUGCAAUGUGAUCAGUGGAGGAAGGCAGCAGAGGCAGCUGCUGCUAUAUUUUCGACCAGGGACGAAGGACAGAUCGCUGAGAGAUCGAUGUCAAUGGACAACUACAAUAACAAUGUGAUGAAGACUAAGUACUUGAGUUUUUGUGAUGAUAUAGAUGAUGAUUGGAGUGAUUUGCAAAGAAAGAAAAAUGGGAAUGUGUUGAAGAAGAUUGGUGUCUUAUGGAAGAAGCCUCAGAAAACAGUGAUUGAUUCAUGAAGUGGUUUGAAUUAACAAUCCAAUAAUUGUGUUGUUGCUGGAAUUUUUCAGUUGUGCGCGCAAUUCCUUUUUGCAAUGUAAGUGGUGUUUGAUAAGUUGGUAUUAAACUUUCGAGCUUAUAACAGAUAACUUAUAAGUUCAUAUGAUCAAAAUAAACAUUCGUAACAAUUUUUUCUCACGAGCUUAUAGCAUUUUUUUAUUACUUUGAAAUGUAAACUUUUAUGCAAUGUGGCUAUUUCAUGCUUUCUUAUGGUCAUCAAUGGACAUAUAAGGCACAAAUUACUCAACCUGUGACUAAAAUGUGAUAUGAGCAUGGUUUUUAGUAGAUGAAAAGUGUGAUCAG